UGGGCCGGUGAGCUCAUGGCAAAGGCGCCCAGCGGGGUGGGGGUGGGGAACCUGGCUUAUAAAGCCCCUGAGGCCCUGUAGCUUGCAGAGGCUGUUAUAGACAGCACCAUGCAGGGCUCUGAGGAGGGCUCUGAGGCGGUGAAGAGGGCCACAGCGCUUAUCGAGGAGCGGCUGGCGCAGGAGGAAGAGAAUGAGAAACUCCGAGGAACCGCCCAGCAGAAGCUGCCCAUGAACAUGCUGGUGUUGGAGGAUGAGAAGCACCAGGGAGCUCCGAGUCCGGCCUUACAAAAGGUUAAGGGUCAAGAGCGUGUGCGCAAGACAUCCCUAGACCUUCGGCGGGAGAUUAUUGACGUGGGUGGGAUCCAGAACCUCAUUGAGCUGCGGAAAAAACGCAAGCAGAAAAAACGGGAAGCACUGGCUGCACCCCAGGAGCCACCGCCGGAGCCUGAGGAGAUCACUGGACCUGUGGACGAGGAGACAUUCCUGAAAGCGGCGGUGGAGGGGAAAAUGAAGGUCAUUGAGAAGUUCCUGGCCGAUGGGGGUUCCCCAGACACCUGUGAUCAGUUCCGCCGGACAGCACUGCAUCGAGCUUCCCUGGAAGGCCACAUGGAGAUCCUGGAGAAGCUUCUGGAGAGUGGGGCUACUGUGGACUUCCAGGACCGGCUGGACUGCACAGCCAUGCAUUGGGCCUGCCGUGGGGGCCGCUUGGAGGUGGUAAAACUCCUGCAAAGCCGAGGAGCAGACACCAACAUUAGAGAUAAGCUGCUGAGUACUCCCCUGCACGUGGCAGUCCGGACGGGGCACGUGGAGAUUGUGCAGCACUUUCUGUCCCUGGGCCUGGACAUCAAUGCCAAAGACAGAGAAGGGGACAGUGCCCUGCACGAUGCUGUGAGGCUCAACCGCUACAAAAUCAUCAAAUUGCUGCUCCUGCAUGGGGCUGACAUGAUGACCAAGAACCUGGCAGGAAAGACCCCCACGGACCUGGUGCAGCUGUGGCAGGCUGACACCCGGCAGGCUCUGGCGCACCCAGAGACAGGGGCGGAGCAGAACGGGCUGGAGGGUCCUGCUGAGAGUGCGCAGGAGACCCCCCAGCCGGUGCCAGUCCAGUAGACACCUGCCCCGGGCCAGCCGGGCA